AGAAAAGUAAUAUUAAAAGAGAGAUUUCGUGAUCUAUUUAUUAAAUACUAUAUAUAAAAAAUAUAUGCCUAUAUUUCCAACUAAAUCCUAAUUACUGAUGGCUGUCCCCAAGGUGGUUUGUUAAAUAUCUAGAAUGUAUAAAAUGUUAUGACUUUCUAGUUUCGUAUUUUUUUUGCUGAAAUAUGAAUCGGUGUCUAUUACCGCUUACCGCUGAUUUAAUAAACCAUGGUUCAUUAAAUCCUUAGUACACUUAUGGAGCACAACGCCGGUUUCCUUCGAAAGGUGAGCGCGUUUCAUUUUUGUCAGUUUUAUUUAACGUUAUUACAUUAACGUUACCGGUUUCCACGCGUUAAGGACGAGAAGGCGGUUAUGUUUCACUUUCAGUCGCUUUUUAAGAAGGAAGAGAUGGAGCAGUUUCUGGGUUAUGGGGCUGGUCUUCACACUGAGGGAAGGAUGGAUGAGUUUUACUCUCGUGUCGCUUCUGCAGCUGUGGACUAACACUGAUUCAUCCACGGAUAAACUCAUUAUAUUUGAUCCUGCAAGUCCAGCCUUGGGAUUAUGAAAUAUGUGGCUUUGUUGCAGGUCCUGGAAAAAGUCAUUUACAAGUAAACAGGGACUGGUGAAAGGACUGAACAGAGCUUUGCAUUCUGGAACCGUUUAGAUGAUGGAAAAACCAAACACCAUUCAGCCUCAACAUGCACCAGUUUAUCCUGAGGUCUUCUACGAACACACUUGAUCUGAUAUCUCUGAUUUGAAUUGACUGCACAAAUUCAUCCAUUUUCUGAUGUUCUUUCCAAGCACCUUGUGAAUCAUCACAGGUGUGUCACUGCUAGCGUUUGCGACCCCUGAAUAAUUCUACAGUGUCCAUUUGAUGAUCCACAUUCAGAGGGAAGCUAACUGGAAGAACGUCAUGAGGCCUUCAGGUCUAAGUCCAGCGGUUGCACAGCUGGACCAUUGUGGCCUUAUUAACAAUGAUGAAAAGUACCCAUCUUCUUUAAACCAAGCUGUUCACAUGGAAGCUCUAAAGAUGUGGAGCUUGUCUGAGUUGCCUGUGUCGAUAACAACAGAUGAUUUCGAUUUAGUCUGUGCCACAGAACGAACCAUUGUGUCGUAUAUCAGCAGCGCAAAGAGUGACACGUCGGUCGUAGAUAACCUAUCGCACGUUAGCGACACAUUGUCCCCUUCCUUAUUCUGCUCUUCCCUGUCCACGUCAUCUUUCAGUGCCUUCUCUCCAUCCUUCUCCUCCCCUUCCUCCAGCCACUCAUCUGGCUCAAUAUCAGAGCUGUGUUUGACUUCUCCAUCUCUUUCAACUCUCUGCGGUCCACCUGAGGCCCAGGACCUUCUCUACAGUUGCACACCGCAGAAACCUCCAGAAGGAUGUUUGUAUCCCAAGUCUCCUAAACAAGAACCUGUUGCUGAAUUCCAUCUUUGUAACGAGAAGCUUCUGCACAAGGAAGAACUCCUUCAGUAUCUCUGCACUGACAAAGAACAAAGCCAGCAUCUUAACCUUCACAAUACUCAGACAGAAGUAUCUGAAAAGCUUCCUAUACUGCAGCAGUUGAAGAAUGAUCUGGGACUGAGUGGGCUUCCUGGAGCUGAGGGAAUGAAUGAACACCUGAGUGAACAGCCGUGCAAAUGGAUGGAUUGUAGGGCUACCUAUGGGCUGAAAGAAGAACUGGUGAGACAUAUAGAGAAGGUUCAUAUAGAUCAGCGAAAAGGCGAGGAAUUUACCUGCUUCUGGGCAGGAUGUGUCCGUCGGCACAAGCCCUUCAAUGCUCGAUACAAACUGCUCAUUCAUAUGAGAGUCCAUUCUGGUGAAAAGCCCAACAAAUGCAUGUUUGAAGGCUGCAAUAAGGCAUUUUCCCGUCUGGAGAACCUGAAGAUCCACCUGCGCAGCCACACCGGAGAGAAGCCCUACAUUUGCCAACAUCCCGGUUGUCUCAAGGCCUUCAGCAACUCCAGUGAUCGAGCCAAACACCAGCGCACACACCUGGACACGAAACCGUAUGCAUGUCAGCUCCCAGGGUGCACCAAACGUUACACCGACCCCAGCUCAUUGCGCAAACACGUCAAGGUCCACUCCAGUAAAGCCCUGCAGACACAGGACAAGGUCCAGCUACACAAUAAGGUGGAGCAGGAAGUUGUGGAUGUGUGUCUUGGCUUGCAGCAUCUCCAUGGCUCCGCUCCUUCAGUACAGAGUCCAGACCAUAGGCGUCCUGCCUCCCUCAGUGAGAUUCAUCAGGAGGGUUUUACUGCAUACCCUGAGGAAGAUGAAUCCUGUAGCAGAGCCUUAUCUCUGGAGCAGCCCAGCAGACACUGCAGCAUCAGCCUCCACAACCAUCUGCACAACAACAAGCUCAAUCAGCCGAGACUUUCUCCACUGGUUUGUGGAAUCAACCUGGUCAGUGGUACCAAUGAGGUCCAGUCUGUCUCUGACAAACACAGCUCCUUCCCAAACCCACAUCAAAAACUCAACCAGAUGUUUCAUGAAGUACCAAUAAAUCACCACGUUUUUCAGGCCACUUUUAAUCGAGUUGAGCAGAUUUCCAGCAAUGGAAGAGAUGAUCUGCAUAAUUUUGACCAAAAUGGAUUUCCUUUUACGUGUAUGAACUCCUCUGGGUACAGCCUAUCCCAGGACACACAGUCAGGGGAGAAUCGCCCCCCUCCCUGUCCCGUUCCAGUUGGGAUCUAUGAGCGCUGCCUCAGUCAGAUCUGCUCUCUGUAGACUUGAGACACACCUUUGGUCCACUGCACCUGAGAGCAGCAGCGCAGGAGCAACAGGAAAGCAUGGGCCUUUGAGAAAGGUCAGCUCGGAAUGAAGACUCUUUAAAGAGAACUGUGUGAGGCAACGUCCUCUGAGAGAAUCCUCGAGCAGUGCAUCAAAAAUCAGAGAAACUCCUCAGAUCAGGCACUGAUGAUGAUGAUGAUGAUGUUACAGCCUUAUGUUUUGAUGUUAAAUAGACACUGUAAUUUUCUCUUUGAGUGUGCACAGAGAAUGUUGAGGAGAGAUGCUGUUUACAUUGAGUUGGUAACGUGACAAUUCUUUGUUUUGUUGUAUUUUUAAGCAUUAUAUUCUAUCUCAUAAUAUGUGAUGUUAGUAUCAUAUGAUGUACCAUUUUGCCUUCUUUCACAAUUAAAUUAGAGAAAAACUAAGAAAAAAAGAGCAUCCCACUGUUUUUAUCUGUCUGUCCAGGUUUUCCAGAU